ACGAGACGCACGUGAAUCGAAAUAAAUUAUUCAUGCAUCAUUCCUGACCGGUUGUAAUUAACAUUUCAAUGAAAAAUGCACUGUCAAAUAAUUAGUCUGCAUUAUUAUAAAAAUACGUUUUUCAUGUCGCACCGGGACCGGUUCGGUAUGGACUGUGUUCAUUUCCUGAUCCACCUGUGUUGUUUCACAGCGGUGUUUCGUGUAUGUUAUGGGAGAGUACAAAUUCAAAGCCCUGGAACUCUUCCGGAAAGUUGCCUUGAUAUCAAGCCCGAAUCAGAUCCCAUAUGUGGGGGCCCCGGUUUCAAACGAUAUGCGUACGACCCAAAGAAGGGGCGAUGCACCAGCUUCAUACACCACGGGUGCCGAGAAUCCAAGAACGUUUUCAGCACGCGUAGUGAGUGCCAGCGCACGUGUGCAUGUAACGUUUCUCUCAACCAAGGCAAAUGGUGCGGGACCCAAGACCCUUACAAACUUCGUUAUUACUGGGAAAGGGAAAGUGGAUUGUGUCGUCCAUUUUGGUACAGCGGCUGCAGCGGAAAUCACAACCGGUUUGCGUCCAUAGAAUAUUGCCAACGAGUGUGUGACGUCAACUAUCGCCCCGUCUGAAAAGUCCCUUUUCAUAUUUUAAUUUUCUUUUCAUUUUAUCAUAUUUUGUAAAUCCUUGGCUUAUUUACCUUUUUAUGGUUUCCUUCUUUUUUUUCUUUUUUUUUUUUUUUUUUUUGCAUUUUUAUGCAUUUUUCCUUUCCGAUCUCGUUUGGCCCGUGCCUUGCGAGAUUGACCCUAGUUCACCAUUUUCACCUUUACGGCCAAUCACGCAGUUGUGUUUGACCUGUCGUGACUAGUGUAUGUAUUUGUACAGUAUAUUAAUGCGUUGUGUAGGAGAUGAAUGUAUGUGUAAGUUGCAUAAUUGAGUAUUUAUUUAUAAAGUAUGCAUGAAUAUUUUUUAUAGCGUGUGUGAAUAUAUUCAUCAUGAAUACGCUGCCAGUCAUUGUUAAAAUAUUUAAACUGAUAAAAUAAACUCUAUAAAGAUCCUUUUUUAUUUAUUGUUUACUAUUUUCAUCGUCAAAAUGCAAGGAGAGAAAUUAAAAAUAGAAAAUGACUUUUUAUGUUUCGUGUCAUCGUUCUAGUCUUUUAUUAUAAUUUUUACUAAAAAUUGCGAACUCUUAAAUACAAUAUCUUUAGAGUAAACAGAGGUUAAUGCAUAAAAAUUAUUUUUAUAAAAAAAGAAUAAAAGCGUCAGAAACUGGCGUGUGUUAUUUCCUUUUGAUUUUAUCAGC